AUGGAACCAUUAACAACUUCAACUUCAACAACAUCUUCAUCAUCAUCAUCAUCAUCAUCAUCAUCAUCAUCAUCAUCAUCAUCACCACCAAAACAAAGAAUACCAAAGAAAAGAUAUUUACAUGAUUAUGGUAGAUACUCAAGUGAAUUUAAUAGUGGAUUUCGUUUAUGGUUAGAGAAAUGGAAUAGAAGAAGUAUUUCAAUUUCAUUAAUUUUGAUAGUGUUGGUAGUACUCACAUUAUUAUUCCCAGUGUUAGCAAUUGUAGCAUUAGCAUUGGAUUUAUAUCAUUACAAACGUCGUAGAGGAUUAAAUUAUGUUAGAAUUUUAACAUUCUUUGAAUCCUAUUUAUUCAUAGAAUUAAUUGCAUUGAUUUCAACAUUUUUAAUCUACUUUAUUCAUUUAUUAUCAUUACUAGUUGUAAGUGAUCCUGGUAAAGCACGUUUCUUCCGUUGGAACUAUUGGUAUCAAUCUUGGUGGGGUGGUGAAAUGUUAUUUGGUUGGAGUUGUUAUCUCUUGGGUAUUGAUGUUCAAAUUGAAGUUGCUGGUGAUGUCAAUUCAUCUUUCAUUGCUCAUUACUAUGAUAAAGGUUUCAAAAAGAGAUUAGCUGAUUCUUUAGGUAUUGGUCCAAAAAUUAUCUUUUCGAGACAUGCCUCAUUUGCUGAUACUUUAGUACCACAAGGUAUUUUUUCAUUAUUUUAUCAUAUGAGAUAUAUUGUAAAGAAAGAAUUAUUAUGGGAUCCAGCACUUGAUGUUUCUGGUUCAAGAACACCAAACUUUUUCUUAUUUAGAGAUGCAGGUACAGAUGGAAUGGAGGUUGAAAUUGAAGCUAUUAAAUCAAUGGUAUCAGAUUUUAAACCAACUGAACCAGAUGUAACUUGUAUUUGGCCAGAAGGUACAAGAUUUUCAAAAUCAAAGAGAGAAAAAGUUUUAGAAAGUUUUAAGAAAAAGAAUGAUACUAAAAAUUAUGAAUUAGCAUCAAAUCUUAAACAUACAUUAUUACCAAGAGUUGGUGGUGUUUUAUCACUUUUAGAAGCAAAUCCAUGUGGUGAUAUUUUAUUCUGUUCUCAUUUUGGUAUGGAAGCAUCAUCAGAUUUUGGACAAAUGAUGAAUGGUGAGUUAUGUAAUAGAGUUGUAAAAAUUAAAUUUGAACAAAUUAAAUAUAAAGAUAUUCCAAAGACUAAACAAGAAAGAAUUGACUGGUUAUUACGUAAAUGGGUUGAUAUUGAUCAAUGGAUUGAUCAACAAGAUAAACUUUAUAAAAAUGAAAAACUAUCUUUAAAAAAGAAGAAAUCUGAAUAG